GACCAGACUCUCACAGCGGAAAGAGCCCUUCAGAAGAAGCAGCCCCAAAGACAUCCAAACCAGUAAGACCACAUGACUGCUCCCAGUGUGGAAAGAGAUUUAUCAGGUUAGGGCACCUGAAAGAACAUAAGAAAACACACACAGGAAAGAACCCUUUCUACUGCUCCCAGUGUGGAAAGAGUUUUAGACACUCAGGCCAUCUUAAAGUGCAUGCAAGAAAUCACACUGGAGAGAUGCCAUAUCAAUGCUCCCAGUGCGAAUUUUUCUUUUACUCAUCAGGGGUCCUUAAAUCACAUGAGAGAACACACUUAGGAGAGAGGCCAUUCCAAUGCUCUCAAUGUGGAAAGAGUUUUACCCGGUCAGGGAAUCUGAAUAUGCAUUUGAGAACACACACAGGGGAGAAGCCUUUCCACUGCUCCCUGUGUGGAAAGAGUUUUACCUGGUUAGGGAACUUGAAAGUGCAUGAGAGAAUACACACAGGAGAGAAGCCUUUCCACUGCUCCCGGUGUGGAAAAAGGUUUACCUAUUUAGUGACACUGAAGAAGCAUGAGUUGACACACACAGGGGAGAAGCCUUUCCAAUGCUCCAAAUGUGGAAAGAGUUUUACCCAGUUAGUGAACCUGAAAAGGCAUGAAGGAACACACACAGGAGAGAAGCCUUUCCACUGCUCCUUGUGUGGUAAGCAUUUUACCCAGUUAGUGAACCUGAAAAGGCAUGAAAGAACACACAUUGGAGAGAAGCCAUAUCAAUGCUCCCAGUGUGGAAAUAUAUUUUUCUCAUCACGUGACCUGAAAUCACAUGAGAAAACACACUUAUCAGAGAGGCAUUUCCAAUGUUCUCAGUGUGGAAAUAGUUUUACCCGGUUAGGGAACCUGAAUAGGCAUUUGAGAACACACACAGGGGAGAAGCCCUACCACUGCUUAGACUGCGGAAAGAGCUUUACCCAGCAAGGGGACCUGAAAUCACAUGAGCGGACACACACAGGAGAUAAGCCUUUCCCAUGUUCCCAGUGUGGAAAAAGUUUUGCCUGCUUAGGGAACUUGAAAAUGCAUAAGAGAAUACACACAGGAGAGAAGCCUUUCCACUGCUCCCUGUGUGGAAAGAGUUUUACCUAUUUAGGGACACUGAAAAAGCAUGAGAUGACACACACAGGAGAGAAGCCUUUCCAAUGUUCCCAAUGUGGAAAGAGUUUUACCCAGUUAGUGAACCUGAAAAGGCAUGAAGGAACACACACAGGAUAGAAGCCUCUCCAAUGUUCUCAUUGUGGAAAGACAUUUUCCCAGUAAGAGGACCUGCAAUCACAUGAGAGAAUAGAGAGGCUGUGUGUUGACAUACAGUACCAGCCAAUGUUCUCAUUGUGGAAAGACAUUUUCCCAGUAAGAGGACCUGCAAUCACAUGAGAGAAUAGAGAGGCUGUGUGUUGACAUACAGUACCAGCCAAUGUUCUCAUUGUGGAAAGACAUUUUCCCAGUAAGAGGACCUGCAAUCACAUGAGAGAAUAGAGAGGUUGUGUGUUGACAUACAGUACCAGUCAAACGUUUGGACACACCUAGUCAUUCAAGGAUUUUCUUUAUUUUUACUGGCAGAGCUUGAAAGGGUCUGCAGUGAAGAAUAGGAGAAACUCCCCAAGUACCGGUGUGCCAAACUUGUAGCGUCACACCCAA